AUGAGUUUUGAUGAUGAAGUUUGGGUAGAAGAUGAAAAAGAAAUCUGUAAAAUAGAAAGGUUAAAUGAAGCUUAAGCAGCUACAAAAUUUAGAGUUGAUCCAUUGGCUAAAUAAGGAAUAUAAGAUCUUUUAGUAUAAUUAUUUUUAUGAAAAUCUUAGUGUCUAUUAGAUUUAAAUGAAUUCAAUUGUCUUCAUAAUAUUCGAAUUAGAUAUCUAAAAGAAUUAAUUUACACAUAAAUUGGAUCCUCUAUAUUAGUUUCUAUAAAUCCUUAUGUUUUUCUAUAAAAUAUUUACAAUCAAGAAACAAUUGCUUAUUAUAAAAUUAAGUUAGGAUAACAUUAAGCAUAAUUGAAAACAAGUGUUAGAGAGAAUGAAUUUGAACCUCAUUUAUUUAAAAUUGCUUAAUUAUCAUUUGAUUAAUUGUUUGAAACUAAAACGAAAGAAUUAAGAAUAUGUUCAAUGAUUAUUUCUGGUGAAAGUGGAUCAGGAAAAACAGAAUCAACAAAAAUACUGUUGAGAUAUUUAGCAGCUGAAUCAAGAAGUGGUUUAUUUAGAACAAUUUAACAUGGAUAAACUAUUGAAUAAUAAAUAUUUGCUUCUAAUCCUGUUCUUGAAGCAUUUGGUAAUGCUAAAACUGCUAGAAAUGAUAAUUCUAGUAGAUUUGGAAAAUUUAUGCAUUUAUAUUUCAAUCCAGAUACUAAAAGAGUUAGUACUGCUAAAGUAGAUAAUUAUUUAUUAGAAAAAAGUAGAGUUGUUAAGAUAAAUAAAUAAGAAAGGAAUUAUCACAUUUUUUAUUAAAUUAUAGCAUCAUAAAUACCAGAAUUAAGUAUAUAUAAAUAUUAAUAUAAAAGGACUUAAAUCUCCUUCACAAUAUGAAUAUUUAAAAGGAGGAGAUCUAUCUUAUUAAAGAAAUGAGAAAUAAGAAUUUGAAGAAACUGAUAAAUGUUUAGAUAAUUUAAAUUUUAGUCCAGAUCAAAAGAAAUAUAUAUAUUAAACUCUUGCAGGAUUAUUACAUCUUGGAAAUAUUCAAAUUGAAUAUGAUUCUAUAAAAUCUAAAUUGAAACUUGAUGAUUCACUUAAAUUAGCAUCUUAAUUAUUAGGAAUUCCAAUUUAAUAAUUAGAAGAUUUAAUAUGCAAAGUAUUUACUUCUGUAGGUAAGGAGAUAGUAACUAGAAAUAAUAAUUUAGAAAGUGCUUAAAGUUCUAGAGACACAUUAGCAAAACAUUUGUAUGAAAAGCUUUUUAAUUGGUUAAUAAAUAAAAUUAAUGAAUAAUUAUUGAAUAUCAAAUCAUUAAGUUUUUCAAAUUAAUAAUAAUAACCAUAAUUAACAUAAUAUAUGAUUGGAAUUUUAGAUAUAUUUGGAUUUGAAAUAUUUACAGAUGCAAAUGGUUUGCAUUCAAAUAGUUUUGAGUAAUUAAAUAUUAAUUUUACUAAUGAAAAAUUAUAAUAACAUUUUAAUUAAUAGAUGUUUGUAACAGAGUAAAAAGAAUAUGAUUAAGAAUCAAUUAAAUGGUAAUAAAUUAAAUUUCCAGAUAAUAAAAAAAUUAUAGAAUUAAUUGAAAAUUCAUAAAUUUCAAUAUAUAAAAUGUUAAUUGAUUAAACUAUUGUUUUAAAUAGAGGAGAUAAAGAAUUUUUGAAUUCCCUUAAACAAUUACCUAAAGAUCAUUUAGUUUUGGUUAGUGAUUUAUAAACAGCUGAAAUUGAACCUAGAUUUGAUAAAAAAUUACAUAGAAUUGCAAAAUUUGAUUGGUUUUGUUUAAAACAUUUUGCUGGUGCUGUUGCUUAUAAUGUAGCAGGAUUUGUAGAAAAAAAUAGAGAUUCAAUUAAUUCUGAAGUUUUUAAAGUAUUACCUAAUAGUACUAAUCCAGUUUUAAAAGAGAUUUGGUCAAAUAUUUAAAAUGAUAAUUAAAAUAUGAAAUAAAACAAUGUAAUUACUAAAUUUUAGAAUUCAUUGAAAGAUUUACUUAAUUUAUUAAAUUAAUCGAUACCAAAAUAUAUUAGAUGUAUUAAACCAAAUAAUUUUAAAUAACCUUUAACAUUUGAUGCUUAAGAAGUAAAAAGAUAAAUGACAUGUGCAGGAUUAAUGGAAGCAAUUUAAAUAAGAAAAGCUGGAUAUGAAAUAAGAUAAAAACAUAUUGAUUUUAUAAAGAAAUAUUAGUAUCUUGUAAAUAAAAAUCCAAAAAAUAUUAAAAAUAUAGAAGAAAUGUUUAAACUUUUAGGUGAAAAUUAAUAAAUUGGAUAAUUUUUGAAAGAAUAAUAAAAUUAAUUAGGUUUUUAAAUAGGAAAGACUAAAUUAUUUAUGAAAUAAGAUUUUAGAGAGUAUUUUGAUACUAAAUUAAUUGAGUUUAGAUUAAAAUACAUUAUGAAAAUCUAAAAAUAAUUUAGAAUUUAUAAAUAAAUAAAUAUAAUGAAAACUAAAUUAAAAGAAUUACAUAAAAAAUUAAUAAGAAUAAAAAGAGCAAUUAAAAGAUUUUUAUUUAAAAAAUCAAUAAAAUAAAGAAUUAUAUUGAGAAAAAAAAUAAACACACUAAUAUCUAAAUGUAUUAAAUGUUCAUCAAAAAUGAAUAUAUAGUAUUCAUUAAAUUAAUGGAAAAAUAAAAUUCAAGAAAUAAAAGCUAUAGAAUAAGCAUAAUUAUUGGAUGAUGUAGAAAUUAUAGGUGAAUCUAUUGAAUUUACUAAAAUCUUAAAAAUAGAUUCAUAUUCAUAAGAAAGUGAUCUUACUAAUAAACAAUAAUAAUAAGAAGAAUUAUAAUAAAAUGAAAUCAAAUAACAAUUAGAAUCUAAAUAAUAAGAAUAAACUCAAAUAAUAAAACAAGAAGGUAAUUCAAAAGGAUCUUUUUUGAAAUAAACAGUAUAACUUAAUACUUAAGAAAAAAAAAAAUAGGUUGAUUAAAAUUAAGAUUAAAUAAAAUUAUAAGAUAUAAUUUAAUCAAAAGAAAUGCAAUUUUAUGAAGAAAAAAUAAAUACAUUAAUGUAGGAAAUAGAUGAUGAAAAGAGAAAACGUAUUUAAAUAGAAUAAGAAAAUAAACAAUUAACUCAUUCACUUUAAGAUGUAUAACAAAAUGAUAUAGCAGAAGAUAGACAUAGAGAAUAGAUUUAAAAAUUAGAAAAAGAAUUAUUUAAAAGAGAUUAAAUAAUCCAUGAUCUUAAUGUUAAAUUGAAUGAUUAUUCUAAGUAGAUUAAACAAUCUAGUUCUAUUAAUCGAAUUUCAGAAGUUUAAGAUAUGAAAAUAUCCUAAUUAGAUGGUCAACUUCAGAAGAAAAAUGAAUUAUUAAAGCUUUAUUCAGAUUUAACAAAAUCCUUAAAUAAGGGUUGGAGAAUGAAAAUUUUAGAAAAUGAAUGUUUAUUCACUUACUUUAAUUUAAAGACUUAUUAAUAAAAAUUAGUAAUAAAUUAUUUAUUUUUAGCCAAUAUACGAGUAAUUCUAGAUUACAUAAAUAGUAGAGACUGGAGAUUUACUAUAAAAAUAAAUAAAAGAUCUUUAAUAAUAAAUUUCAUAAUUAGAAUAAUCAUUAUCAAAGUCCUAAAUGACUUAAUGA